UGGGUGAUGGCUGCAGUCCUACUAGGGAUGCCAGGACCAUGGGCCAAUGAUUAUCGUGAACAAUCUGAUCAUUAUACAACAAAAAUUGGUGGACUACCUGACUGGCCUCUUCCUGAGAAAUCCGUGACACCUGAUCUGCUUGAGUGCAGUGCAUGUGGAAGUAAACUAAGUCUUGUUGCUCAGGUUUAUGCCCCAAUUUCAAGUAAAAACUUAAAGAUUGAAGAGCGUGUUCUUUUUGUUUUUGGUUGUCUAAUGCCAAAAUGUGGGAGCACACCUCUUAGCUGGCGAGCUCUUCGUGUUCAAAAAUUACACAAUAAGGAGGAACCAAAUGCCGCUUCUCAGGAGGUGGUCCCUUCAACUUCAUCAGUAUCAGCUUUAAACACCAGCUGGUGGGAGGAUUGGGAUGAUGAAGAUGUAGAUCUGGAGGAGUUGGGUAAAGCACUUAAUGCCGCUGCGAGCUUGGCUUCUCAUGCCAAGAAACCACAUAGGAAGGAUAAUCGUAAGACUUCUACAAUGCAAUCACCUUCAAGUCAGUUGGAAAAAGUGGUAGACGUUAACAAACCUG